CUUAGUACAUGAGGCCCCUGGUCCUACAGGCGCCGCGGACAGCUCUCACAGCUCGGUUGUGAUUGGCCAGAUCCUGGCCGUCUCUCUGUGACAAGCACAAUAGUACAGGAUCUGUUGUUCGUAGCAGAGGUGAUAGCGUAUCUAAGCAGUUAUUAUCAAUGACCAAUAUGGCAAACACGACCGAUGAACGAGCGGAGAGAGCAGAGAGAUCAGACGGGAAGAUGGUGAAGAUGGAGGUUGACUACAGCUCCACGGUGGACCUGCGGAUCCCGGAGUGCGAGAGGAUGGCUAAGGAGGGGAAGCUGCAGGAGGCAGUGGAGGGACUACUGUCCCUGGAGAAGCAGACCAGGACGGCAUCAGACAUGGUGUCAACGUCCAGGAUCCUGGUGGCCGUGGUUCAGAUGUGUCACGAGGCCAAGGACUGGGACGCCUUGAAUGAGAACAUCAUGCUGCUGUCCAAGAGGAGGAGUCAGCUCAAACAGGCUGUUGCUAAGAUGGUUCAAGAAUGUUACAAGUACGUGGAUGAAGUGAGCGACCUCGCCAUCAAGCUGCGGCUCAUCGACACUCUGCGCACCGUGACGGCUGGCAAGAUCUACGUAGAGAUCGAGCGGGCCAGGCUGACCAAGACCUUGGCCAACAUCAAGGAGCAGAGCGGAGACGUGAAGGAGGCAGCCUCCAUCCUCCAGGAGCUGCAGGUGGAGACCUACGGCUCUAUGGAGAAGAAGGAGAAGGUGGAGUUCAUCCUGGAGCAGAUGAGGCUGUGCAUCGCGGUCAAGGAUUACAUCCGCACCCAGAUCAUCAGCAAAAAGAUAAACACCAAGUUCUUCCAAGAAGACGGCUCCGAGGAGCUGAAGCUGAAGUAUUACAACCUGAUGAUUCAGGUGGACCAGCACGAGGGAUCCUACCUGUCCAUCUGUAAACACUUCCGGGCCAUCUACGACACUCCCUGCAUUCUGGAGGACAAUGCCAAGUGGCAGCAGGCCCUGAAGAGUGUUGUACUCUACGUCAUCCUAGCGCCUUAUGACAACGAGCAGUCGGACCUCGUGCACAGAAUCAACACCGACAAGAAAUUGGAAGAGCUUCCCAAAUACAGGGACCUGCUGAAGCAGUUCACCACCCUGGAGCUGAUGCGCUGGGCCUCGCUGGUGGAGGACUACGGCAAGGAGCUCAGGGAGGGCUCCCCCGACAGCCCCGCCACAGAUGUCUUCUGCAGCCUGGAGGAGGGCGAGAAGAGGUGGAAGGACCUGAAGAACCGAGUGGUGGAGCAUAAUAUUAGAAUAAUGGCCAAGUACUACACCAGGAUAUCAAUGAAGCGCAUGGCCAACCUCCUUGACCUCUCCAUAGACGAGUCUGAGGAGUUCCUCUCCUCCCUGGUGGUGAACAAGACCAUCUAUGCCAAGGUGGACCGUCUGGCCGGCAUCAUCAACUUCCAGAGGCCCAAGGACCCCAACGACCUGCUCAACGACUGGUCCCACAAGCUCAACUCGCUCAUGUCGCUGGUCAAUAAGACCACCCAUCUCAUCGCCAAGGAGGAGAUGAUCCAUAACCUUCAGUGAACCACAAAGCCCAAGUGGCAUCUGUGUUAUUUUUUUUGGGUUAACAUUGUUCAUGUGCCUACUGAUAUUUCUUUUUUUGGUAUUUGUAAAAAAAGAAGAAAAAAAAACGCAGUCAGAUGGUGGACGGCGUAUGCUGAUAAAGUUCCAAGUUCAUUUCCGGAAUAACUAGCAUCCCGUAGCGCUGUACCUUGUUCACAUCCACACACCCCCCCCCUCGUCACCAUUAACCCCAGAGAGGAUGACCUGUCUUGACCUUUGGCAGCUCAACAUGGCUUCCUCCUUUAGGUAUAACAAAGGUCUUCAUGUUGGUGUUUUUGGUGGUUGAGCCUCGUUGCAACUUGCUGUAACAAAGAAUGGCAUAAAGUCUUUAAUGUCUACUUUGAAAUAACAUUAAACUAUAUGUUUAGUGGACAUUUUCCUCUGCA